AUGAGAUCGAGCCUCAGCUUCGUUACUCUGGCGCUGCUUCAUGCCGCUUCCGCUCAGCAAACGGCAUACGGCCAACGCGGCGGCAGCGGCUGGACGGGCCCGACGACCUGCGUGGCCGGCUGGACAUGUCAGAAGCAGAACGAAUGGUACUCGCAAUGUCUCGAGGGAAAGGCCAGCACAACCACCCUCCUCACAUCAGCCAAACCAACAUCCUCAUCAGCACUGACAACCACCGCCAGAUCCUCCACCGCCACCGCCGUUCCAGCCCCAUGCUCCGGCACCUUCAGCGACAUUGGGGCCGUGGACUACGUCAAGGCAAUGAACCCGGGAUGGAACCUAGGCAACACCCUCGACGCCAUCCCCAACGAGGGCUCCUGGAAUAACCCCCCGGUCAAGGAGGAGACCUUUGACGACAUCAAGGCCGCCGGCUUCAAGAGCGUCCGCAUCCCCGUCACCUACAACGACCACUUCACCAGCGCCGCGCCCAACUACACCAUCGACCCGGCCUGGCUCCAGCGCGUCUCGGACGUCGUCGACAUGGCUACCGCCCGCGGCCUCUACGUCCUCACCAACGUCCACCACGACUCCUGGAACUGGGCCGACGUCACAAAGGCCACCACCAACGAGACCCGCGCCGCCCUCGACGCAAAGUUCUACGCCACCUGGCUACAGAUCGGCCAGAAGCUCGCCUGCAAGUCCAACCUCGUGUCCCUCGAGCCCAUCAACGAGCCCCCCGCCACGACCGCCGAGCACGGCGCCCACCUCAACGCCCUCAACGACCUCUUCCUCAAGGCCCUCGACGACUCCGGCGGCUUCAACACCCGCCGCGUCGUCACCCUCAUGGGCGGCAGCAUGGACGGCUACAAGACCACGCAGUGGUUCAAGGCCCCCGCCGCCAUCAAGAACCCCUGGGCCCUGCAGUACCACUACUACUCCCCCUACGACUUCGUCUUCUCCGCGUGGGGCAAGACGAUAUGGGGCAGCGACGCCGACAAGGCGUCCAUGAAGAAUGAUCUGGCCGUCGUCCGCGGGAACUUUACUGAUGUGCCCCUCGUCAUCGGCGAGUUCGACGCCAGCCCGCUCAACACGGAGCCCGCCGCCCGCUGGAAGUGGACGGACCACUUCGUCCGCACCGCGGCGGAGCUCAACACGGCGCUGAUAAUCUGGGACAACGGGCUCGACCACCUUGACCGUAAUGCGCACUCGUGGCGCGACCUGACCUCGCUCGCCAUCGUGAAGAAUGCAGUGCAGCCGCCGCGGAAUUCGCUGCCGGAGAGCACCACCGACGCAGGCGCAACGACGCAGAGCUCCUCCGCCUUCGUGUGGAACAAGGUCGGUGACACGCCCAAGGACGCCGUCCUGCCGUGGCAGUUCAAUGGGAACACGCUCAAGAGCAUCAAGACCAACUCCGGAGGUAUGCUCGCCGCCGACACGGACUAUUUUGUGUCAGACUCCGCCAUCACCCUCAAGGCAGGCGUUCUCGGGCAGUGGCUCACGCCGACGGCAGCGCCGGGGAGCAAGGCGAACCUGACGCUGGAGUUCUCCGCCGGCGCGCCGGUGCAGGUCGAAGUGGUGCAGUGGGACGUGCCGACGCUGGCUGUGAGCGAGAGCAAGGCUGUCGCCGGGAAGGAUCUGAAUAUCACGGUCGAGUACAAGGGGCUGAGGAUGCCUGCUGCCGUGAAGGCGUUGAAGAGCGACGGGGGGUUCCUGUUUGAUGAUUGGACUAGCGUGCUUGGGCCGCUGCAGGCUGCUCAUAUUACUUACAGCGGCCAGUGGAGCUACGACGGCGCCAAGAUUGUGUUGCCGAACGCGACUGUCCAGGCUGUCAUCAGCGGUGGCAAGCCGACGGUGUUCACGUUUGAGUUCUACCCGAGAGUGCCGGGGAACAAUGUCACGUACACUCUGACGCCGUGA